GCUUAAUUAGUUUCACAGCAGCGCUUCCAAGGCGACCAGUAGUACCUCCCUGUCACCUUUCGUGGUGAGUUUGGAGCAGGAACUUCCCAGGGAGAUUUAUAAGGAAGACUCAAGAUAAAGCCAAUAAUAAAUCAACUGAUUAUUCCACCCUCGGAGGAACCUUCAGCCUCAGUACAGCCUACAUGUGACACACACAAGGGUUGAUCAUCUUUUGAAGGAUAUACAAAAACCAAGAGGUGUCAGGUGCUUUGUUUUCUUGAAAAUCCAGUCUAGACUAAAGCCUCAGGCAUUUAGACUGGGAAGGAUGCAGAUUAACAACUUCUGACUAUCAGGACGGUCACUUGGAGUCCUGCUUAGACGUGAACUUGAGGAACAGACCAAUGUUUCCAUUCAGGAAGGAGAACCUACCCUCUCCCAUCCUGGAGGAUUCUUUCUUCCCCUUCUCUUCAUCACACUCUUCCUCCGGUCACCGGAUCAUGGCUCCUACAAUGGGAGCAGAUGAUCUCCUCGCCUCACCUCAGGAUGACAGCAGUCCUACGCUGCUGGAGAAGGACCUGAUCUUGGCUGCUGAAGUGGGCCAAGCUUUGCUGGAGAAAAACGAGGAGCUGGCUACUCAGAUAGAGCAGAUGGAAAGGGAGAUGGAGGCGAUGCAGCAGGAGAAACACGUGCUGCAGCGACGUCUGGAGGUGCGGGACCUCGAGGCAGGUCAGCGGGAAGCAGAACUGCAGGCUGACAUCACAGCGUUGCGUGCGCAGUUGGAUCAAAAACACGUUCAGAGUCGUGACCGGCGUCGUGAGGAGAGUGAGCAACUGACUCAGCUGUCCAGCCACAACCAAAAACUUGUGGAACAGCUGGCAGAGGCAGUGGCCUUAGAGCAUACUUUGCGUACUGAGCUUCGUUCUUUGAGGGAAGAAAUGGAAGAUACAAGUUUUAGCAAAUCCAUAAGCUCUGCUAGACUGGACAGUCUGCAAGCAGAGAACAGGGUUAUGAAAGAGCGCUGUACUCAUAUGGAUGAAAGAUUGAAGUCAGCUCAAGAAGACAACCACCGGCUGAGAUCUGAGAGGGAUGGAUUGAGAGAGAGGGUGACUGAGCUACAGACCAGUCUGAAAGAUAAAGAAACGGAGCUGGAACAGGAGCACAGCACAGUGUUUCAGCUGCGCACGGUCAACCGAACGCUACAGCAAAGGGUUCAAGCCCUGGGAGAAGAGGCCAGUCUGGGGGAGGCUACCUGCUUCCCUAUGUCACUUCAGAGUGAGAUCCAACAGUCUCAGGCGAAAGAAACCAUUUUGGCCCAUUCAGCCAUUUUGCAAGAAAAAGAAGAAGAAAUUCAGAGGUUACAGAAAGAGCUACAGUUUAGAGAAACUGAAUUAGAAGGGCUGAGGGAGGAGGUGAAACCAUUUCGCAACAGUCCUGGCAAACCUACUUACAGUGCCCUGGAAGAGGAGAUCAGUCUGGCCCGACAAGAACGUGAUGCACUCAACCAACAGCUUCUGAACACUAUCAGACACAAGGUGGCACUUUCUCAGGAAGUUGAGUCUUGGCAGGAGGACAUGCGUCUAGUGAUAUGUCAGCAGGUUCAACUACAACAAAAAGAAAAGGAAAACGACAAAGAACGGACAGGCCUUCAAAGAGGCACUCGCACCACCAAGUCACUGCGUUUACGUGGGGAAGAUGGAAGGAAAGGAUUUUUUUCUUCUCUGUUUGGGGGAGACUGACUGGAGAACAAAUAAGAAGGGACAAGAA